AUGUUGGAAUUGUGUUUUUCUCAAGAACUUCAGCCCAAGCUCAUCAAGUCUCUGAAAAAAGCCCUCGAGCCUGUGCUAACCGAUGUGCGGAUUGACUGGUACCUGCCUGAAAACAUGGAGGCCCUUCUUUCGCCCAAUGAAAUCCCUGCGCUCUACCCGGGCAAUCGCCUUAUUGGAUAUUGCACACUCUAUGACAUGACAACUUUUAAAGCCAAAAAGACAGAGAGGGGCUACAAGGGUAUACACAACACCUCCAUGGGUUCUGUUUUUUGCCCGUCAAAUGACGACAUCUCACCUCCGACUUCUGAGCUCAUGCCUGCGGUGACUUGUCCAGAAGGGAACGACCUGGAGGAGGCGAUGAGGGAAAUUUCCAGAGAAAUCUCCUCAGAGUUCUCCUGUGCCAAAGACGCGGACCCUGACCCCUGUGCAGGUGGAGAGUUAGACUGGUCAAGCGACGUGAGGACGAGGAUCCAGGAGAGCUCCUACAUUCAGGAGCAAUACAUCCUGACCCGCUGCUCACUCAGUAGUGAGCGGAGUCUCCCCACACACGUACAGGCCUCUUCAAGUACUGACGCAACGAGCCGGGCCUGUCUGCCUGACCCUAUGCCGUCUGCUCCGCUACUGGACACGGGAUCUUUACCUCAAGGCCUUGAGAAGAUACCCGGUCCAGAACCGCGGUCAUCUUUGUCUCGCUGGGCUGACUCGGCGUGGCAGCAGAACCUCUCAGCUGACACUGGUGACGACAGCAGGAAAAAUAAUGUACACUUGUCUUGUAGCGACGACUCACAUUGGAGACAAAAAUCACUGGCCCGUUCCACCAUGGCAGCGAGAAGCUUCUCAUCGCCGCAGGGUGAGCUGGAGAUGCACCGCCUCAGGAGAGCUCUGGAAAGGGUCUCCUUCGACCAAACUCUGGGAGGAAGGCUGGAUGAAAGUGACGGGGAGACAAAGCCACCAGAGACACUGUCCCGCAGAAGUCUUAAUGAUUCCAGUGGACUCCUUUUUCCUGCCUCUCCUCUGGACUGGGACAACUUCACAGACCCCGACUACCUAUUCACUGCAGUUCCACUAGAAGAUCCUCAACCGGGCCAAUGCCGCUCCCUCAUUCACGGCCUUCUUUGCGGCAGACCUGUAACGUGGGAGGCCACGGUGAACCUGGCCCACCUCUUGCUCCCUGAGGACCAGAGGGCAAGAGUGGGGGAAGGAUGCAGAAGUCAAGGAGGGGGAAGAGAGAGGGAAUCUUGGGACGAGAUCAUACACCAGCUGACGGCUCGUUCUGUCAUAAGAGACUUUGAGAAAAUGUCCGAAAGGGAGGACCAAAAAGGACAUGGUUCAGCUAAGCGGUACCGUGUGAAGGCCAUCCAGACCAGUAAGCAUUGUAACAUCGUCUGCAUGUACACGGCCUUCACCAUAAUUGACAGCAACCCUAACAAAAGCAUCCAGGAUGGUGUGGAGGUCCAAAAUACAGGGAUCCAUUUGGGAAAUAGUCGCAGUUCCCAUUCAGGCAGUCGCAAGAAGAAAUCCUAUUCUGCAGGUGUGGGCAGAAGACCCAUUAGCGGAGACUGUGAAGAAGGCGAGGACACGUGGAACUCGACAGACAGGGAUGACACUCCUACCUCACCGUGCAGCCUUACAUCCUGGGAGUCGAACGCCAUCAGUGCUGCUGCAUCGGUAACAACGGGCCCGUCGACCACUCGUUCUCAGCGAUCUAUAGAGAGCAAGUCAAUGGAGAGCUUUUUUGGCACCAGGUUUCCCCUUGGCAGACUCAGGUCCUCGAUUUCAUCAGGACGACAGGUGCCACUGAAGUCCCACUGCUUGUCUGCAGAGACUGACAAACAACCUGAGAAUGAAGCUCCAGACUACCUGCCCCUGGUUCGCCUUCAGCUGGCCUCGGGAGCUUUUCUGCUCACUGAGAUAUACGCCGACUGUGUUCAGAUUUCCUUGGACCGCCUAAAAAGGGCUUCCCCCUACAGUCUGCAUCGUCGCAGCCUUAGCCCGCCUUUCCGCUGCGCGUCUCCCAGUGCUCCGUCUUUAUCCGCCUCCGCCAAACCUCAGGGUCAUCACCAUGUCACCUUUUCCCCCUCCUCCUGCACCCUCGCCAAAACAACCGCGCCGCCCUUCCACCACACGCCAGACGACACCCCCUUGAUGCUGGAACCCAGGCUUCGCCGACGACAACUGUCAGACCGAGACCCCAUCACCUUAUCCCAAGAUCUCCCUAGUUCUGAAGAAGGCUCCCUGGAGCUACCAGGGGGCAACUCUCCAGGCCAGAGUCACGGACAGGCAGACAGCGGUCGCGGGUCAGAGACAGACGUAUGUGAGGGAUCUUCACAGGAGCCCCCCUACCUCCAAGUGAGUAGCCAGUUGGCUCAAGACAACCUGGAGGGCUCAAGCUGGGCGACCGCAGUGGCUCUGGCCUGGCUCGAGCACCGCUGCGCCGGAUAUUUCAUGGAGUGGGAGUUGGUGGCGGCAAAAGCGGACUUUUGGCUGCGCGGCCAGGAGCUGCCCGAGGGAGUGGACCUGGCUGGGUUGAGGGGGGCUGCCAGACAGCUGUUCCUGCUGUUGCGUCACUGGGAUGAGAACAUCAAAUUCAACAUGCUGUGUUAUAACCCCAAUAAUAUGUGAGGCAAUAGUCCGCAAGGGGGAAUCAUGGGGAGUCAUUGCGACUCGGACGAGAGGCGACUCGAGUGACCCGUUUUGACGACUUGGAAGUUGAUCGUUGUUAAUUUUUAGGUCAAACUUUGUCGCAGGCUAUGUCAUUGUUAUUUUUUACCGCAGAUGGCAGAUAUUAAUGGCAUUAAUGGUGUUUUUAGUUUCGGAGGGUGGUUAAAGAAUGAAUUAAACUGAAGGGUGUUUGCGACGACAGCCUCUUGACUGAUUUCCACACUGAUGCAGAGUCGUUAGCAGUGAUUUGAAAACUGUUCAAGCUUUUGGUGUUUUAUUAAGCCACCUAACAGAGUAUAAAACAAGUUUUGACUGACACUGAAAUAAAGAUGAUGAUUUUUUUUUUUUUAAGGUGUGUUAUGAAAUGGUCUUGCGUUUGAGUAGAUAAUCUUGAGGUGUUAAAAAGUUUAGCUUCUUGGCCAAAAGUAUUUUGACCUUAUUCAUCCACUCUUCUGGAUU